AUGCCUCCCAUACCACCCAUGCCUGCUCCAGCUCCUGCUGAUUCGCUUUCGUCUUUAGGAAGCUCCACCACUACCGCUUCAGUUGUUGUCAACAAAGAUGACACACUAAACAACAACAACAAGGUUUCCUGUUUCAUCAUAAGAAGUCGGAUUCUUCGUGGUCACUCAUCACUCAUCAGCAGGGAUUCUCGGAAAGAAGUCGUGGCUCACUACGGAUGCGAGACUUGGGGACUUACACGACCUCAAGGCUCUUGCAUCUCCUCUUUCUAUACCGAAAUAUUUAAGAGCAAGAAGGAAGAGGCUAUAGUCCUUGCUUACACCGAUGUUGGAUUGAUUUUGUUUACGUUGAUCUAA